AUGGCCUCUCUCAGAUCAACGGAGGACAACCGUCGGAGAAUACGUAGUAUCAUAAACCUCGAAGGUACCACCCCCCCAUCAUUCCCUUUAAUGGAUUUAAUCCGUCUUCUAUUCUGGAAUUGCCGCGGUGCCGGCAAUAACAAAUUUAAACGUAAUCUUGUGGAAAUUGUCAAGACCCAUAAACCAGAGAUUCUGAUCCUCAUGGAAACCAAGGUGGCCUUUAGCACCAUGAGAGAAUUCUUUAAUCAACCUGGAUUCACUGCCUCAUCUACGGUUGAUCCCGUAGGCAGAGUGGGGGGUAUAUGGAUUGUUUGGGAUACAAGCCAAGUGAAUGUUAGAGCCUCUAUAGUUAGUCCACAAGUCAUUCACACUACUGUACAUAAGGAGGAUUAUGAGGAAUGGGUACUGGCUGCUGUCUAUGCCAGCCCCAACCCCAGCCUUCGGGAACGGCUUUGGCAGGACCUUGAAGAUGUAGCACAUUCAAUGCAACAACCUUGGUUGGUGGCUGGAGACUUUAAUGACUACGCUAAUCAAAGUGAAAGAAGGAGUUUCUCAGCUAGCCACAAUACCAGUAGAACUCAAAAAUUUCUUGAUCGGGUGAAUAGCUGUAAUCUAAUUGACUUGGGCUGUUCCGGACCUCGCUUGACAUGGACGAACAAUAGACAAGGUAUAGCUAACACCAUGGAAAGACUUGACCGAGCUCUAUGUAAUGCGGAAUGGAGGUCCAUGUUUCCCGAAGCCACAGUUAGAGUUCUUCCUAGAACUUAUUCUGAUCACUCCCUGUAG